GAAUGAGCCUCAGGCCGGUGAAGGAACCCGGGACAAGGGUACCGCGCGUGCGCAGACCCAGGAACGCGUUGCGAACUCUCUUCUGCAGAGAUCCAGGGUCUCCCGGAACGUUGGGGGCGGGAGGCCGAUCCUGACACCAGGGCAUGGACUGGUAAGGACACCGCAGACCAGGGGAGGCUGGAGAGAGCCGGGCAGAGAGGGGUGUCUUGCUGAGUCAUCUGUCUUUCCUCAUUUCCUAAAUACCCAAGGUCCGGAGCAAGCAGAGCCACUUUAUGAGCACCCCAGGUUUAUUUCGUUUUCCUGCAUCCCUGACCAGAAUUUGCACAGUGCCAUGGGGACUCCAGCUUUGGGAAAAGCUGACAUUGUUAUCCCCAGGAAUGGCUGUCACUGCAGUCCCGACGGCAGGCAAGAAGGAUUGCCCUGCUCUGCUUUCCCUGGAUGAGAACGAACUGGAAGAGCAGUUUGUGAAAGGGCAUGGUCCAGGGGGCCAAGCGACCAACAAAACCAACAACUGUGUGGUGCUGAAGCACAUCCCCUCGGGCAUCGUGGUGAAGUGCCAUCAGACGAGAUCAGUGGAUCAAAACAGAAGGCUAGCUCGGAAAAUUCUACAAGAGAAAGUAGACGUUUUCUACAAUGGUGAGAACAGUCCGGUUCACAAAGAAAAACGAGAGGCAGAGAAAAAAAAGCAAGAAAGGAAAAAAAGAGCAAAGGAAACCCUAGAAAAAAAGAAACUACUGAAGGAACUCCGGGAAUUGAGUAAAAAUGUGCCCUGAACGCAGAACGGACAAAGCUGCCAGGGAGUAACGGUGGUGAGUCCCGUCACCAGCAUGAUCGCAGAACUUCUACAGGAAUAUUUUUGACAGAUUUAAAAGACAUCACCGUUUUGUAAAUGGUGGACUAAACUACAGUACAUGGAAAUGCACGCUUCAGACAGUAAAAGGACAGUGGCAACUUUGGGGGAGGAAAGGGGCUGCCAUUGUGAUGCAGCUCUGGGGGGGCUGACAGUUCUAGCUCUUCGCCUGGGCAGUAGUCAGAAGGCUGUCCCCUUAUUUUCAGCUACAUGUUUGUUCAUGUGAUUUUUUUAAUUUAUUAUAAGUUAAAAAUAAAAAAUUUUUUGAAAACA